AUGACUCACAGUAAACAGAACUCACUACUGUUAACCAAUCAACUACGUAGACAUAGUUAUUCGUCAGAACGUAAAAGAGAACAUUUACAUGAAAUUGACAUUUCACUAAUUAAUUCUGUUUUGUUACCGCCUUGUGAGAUUUUCACGGAAUCUAAUGCAAUCUCAUUUAUCGGAAAGUAUCAUAAGACAAAACCAGUCAAAUAUAAAGCAUUUGUCCUUCCAGAUAAAAUUGUUCUGCAUAACAAGAACCGCAAACUAAAUACCUACCCAAAACCAUGUAUCAUCUAUUCUGAAGUGAAAUACAUUUUCACCUCACCAAGUAUAUCAACCCCUGGCUGUUUUGUAUUAUGCAUCGAUUCAUGUACUGACAGACAAUGUCGUUAUGAGUUGUACAAAAUAAAAGAUCCAACAUCUCACGACUUCUUUAUAGACAUACUAAAAUGUGUUAUGGGAGUUAAGACUCGAAGACAUUGUAACAUGAUCAACAAUUAUUAUCAACAGCGUCAUUCCGUUGCAUAUAAGUCAAAAACUGCAAACACCGGUAGAACAUCAAUCUCUUCACAAGAUGAAUCUGAAUCAUUAUUCAAUUACGAGUCAUCAAGUUCAAAUAUUUCAUCUAGUCAAUUAAAACGGAAAUAUAAAUAA